AUUUGUUAACACCUUUUACAAAGUGAGGCACUUCUAUAUUUUUUCAGAAAUCUUAAUGUCAUUAAUAUAAUGUUAUAUUAUAAUCUGUUAUUCAAGUGAUUUAAUCUGUUCUUAUCUGAUCAGUCACGUUGAAUUCAUUCUAAAUUACUGAUCAUCAGUUUUGAUUGAUGGCUGAUUACUAGCUAUUGAUGAAGGACCAAAUAUUUUUCCUGACAGGUACACGGUGUACCUGCAGAUUGCAAACAAAAAGAGACACUCAUAUGAAGCCCCACCCAGCUACAGUCUACCUGCACAAGUAAACUCAGAGUGUAAAGGAGGGAAACAGAAAGAUUUGCAGCAGCGAUGAAUAAAAUCAGGAAGUGGCUCAACAAACCAAAGAAGCUCCUGUAUCCCAGUGUCCUCAGGCAGUUUGUGUGACUGAGACUGUGAAUAGAAAUCUUAAACCUGACAUGGACACAGUUUGUCCUCUCUGAAUCAGAUUCAUUGCCGGGAAGGUUUUCACAAGAGAGAAACAGCUCCCCCUGUUGGGUCAUAAUUCCAUUUAAAACAAGAGGAAGAAAAGGAAGGAUGUAGAAAACCAGCAGAUGAUUCGACCUUGGACCCCAGAGAAGAGAAAUCGAGCCUGUCAUGAUGUUACCAUCGUCAUGGAGACCCAUAACACCAGAGGAUCUGAUGCAGAUAUGAUACUGACCACCAGACUGAGCAUGCUCAGGGAGCUCCUGCAGGGAGACACCUCACAGGAAAAGGAAGUCUCUGACGUCCAGCGGCAGCAUCACUGUCCAGAACACCUCAGAACAACAACAAGGUCAACCUGGAGUCCUCAAACCUCUGUUCCACUUUCUGUCUGGAGGUCAGUGUUAAAGGAAGAACAGGUCACAGGUGACCAGAUACAGAAGGAGGUGACAAACACAGCAGACACAGAAAGCUGUGCCAUCAUCAGCCUCGUUUCUGCAGGGGGCGGAGCUAGAGACACGCCAGCAUCGUCUCCUGGACCUCCUGUCCGACCUUUCCUGAAGACCAGAGAUGACUACUCACUCCCCACUUCUCCUCAUCCAGGGGGGUGGAGGAGGCUCCCCUGCUCUCUGCCCUGCUCCCCUCUGUUGGGGGGCAGAAGCUGGAGGUCUGCUCCCACUUCCCCCUCCCCUCCAUCACGUCUUUCUCGGCUGUGGGUGGAAGCAGCUCUGCAGAGAAGCAAAAACACCCGACAGAAUGAACCCCACCCAUCUCCUCCAUGUUCCCCACAGGUGAGACAGGAGAAGGAAGAGGAGGGGAUGAGGAGUAGUGGAGAGACAGAAGAGGAAUGGACUGAUGAAGGGAAGGAAGAAGAUAAACUGGCGAACACUGUUGGGAUCAGGCUGUCGGACACAAUCAUCUUCAGAUCUAAGACCUCACCCAGUGUCUGUGGGAGGGAGGAGGAUAAGGAGGAUGAGGAGGAGGAGGAAGAUUCAGAUCUGUUGGGUUUGGACUCUGAAACUUUUAGAUACUGCCUACUGAUUCCCUGCAUUUGUUCCAGGUGUCCCAGUGCUCCUCCAUAUGAAGCUGAAGUUUUCUCAGCUGGAGACAUUCAACCCCUUUCUUGGUCCAGCUCUGGAUUUCAAAAACACAGCAAGGAAUUGACUCAGCUGUCUCGUGGGACAGACAUCCAGAGGACAGACCUCAAGAGAAUGGACAUCCAGAGAUCAGAGGGGGGCAGUGAGCAGAGUUUACUCACAGACAGAGCUCCACAGCUGGCUGAAAGCUCUGUUCUCUAUCCCAGUUUGAGUCUGUGGAGAGUCACAGCUGACAGUCAGACUGAACUGAGCAGGAAACAGGACGAGGAACUAAACUCCUUCAACUCCCAGCUUGUCCAGAAAAUCGUCCAGUCUCAUUUCCAUGGCAGCAACACUGACUUGCAGCAUCUCUGUGAGACGAUCUCAGGUGAGCUGCAGACUUUCUGUUCUGCGGAUCUGAGCUUCAUCCUGAAGAAGGUGUUGGACUCCACCACCUGCAGUAGGAGGACAGCUCAUCCUGAUGAAUCCUGCAGCAUCUGUUCAGACAAAAUCAGCAUGCAAAUUAUGAAACUUCUCUGCAGAAACUGUGACCAGGUGUUCUGCGUUCGCUGUUUGUGUCACUUCGUCUCUUUACUUCAGAUUCAUCAGUUCAGUCAAUGUGCUGCAGUCUGAGGCCCAGACGAGCUGCGGGUUACCUGUCUCAUACAGGUGUUCACUUUUAUCAGGUCAUAAGUGACUGUACUAUUAAUUAAAAACUUCAUGUUUUUAGUAAUAAAAUGUUUUAAAAUUAUUACUUUACGAUCAGUAAAACCUGGUAUGACUUUUUAAAUCAGUAAUGAACAUUUAAUGAAGAUACAAUUACAUACACAAAUAUUCAGUUUGUCAAGUUUUCCAAUUAAGAAUUGGUUAAUCAGUAGAAAGUAGUUGUAAUGGUUUUUGUGGGUUAAGAGACUCUGAAACAUAUUACUGUUGAAAUAUAUCAUCGUAAAAACAAUUAAAAUAACAAAUCAAAAAAAGGACUUAAGUAUUUUUUCUCUCCACAGAUCCUCCAAAGAGGAACUGUCGUUGAAUCUUUGUGAGCGCUGUCUGUUGUGAUUGUCCUCGUAUAUAAUUAGAGGAAAUUAAAAUAAUUAUCUAAUUAUCUAACUUCUUUGCAUCUGCAUGCUGUUGGUUUGGGUGGGUGGUAGGCAGGUGGGGUUUGGAGGAAUGAAGUUGGCGGUGUGGGGCUUGUUUUUCUGUUUUUAUUUCUGCACACCGCUGUGGUUCUUCAGCUCAGGGGUUGGAGUGGGCUGCUGAGAGGACAGCAGGUGAAAUGUUAUGUUAGACUUUGCCCUGUUUGCUUUUAAUUGUUCUGAACUUAAAAUAAAUAAAUAAAACCUCU